AUGGAGUAUUAUAAUACUGUUAUAGGUACCUUACCCGAACCGCAGCCACAGAAUGGAUGUGGUGGUAUGUUGACGGGCGUGGGCGGUGUCAUCGAAUCGCCCGGUUUUCCAAACAAGUACGAGAACGACACAAAUUGCGAGUGGCUGAUCAGAGUGCAUUACACCAAGCAUAUAUUCAUCAAGAUUCUAGAGCUGCAAUUAGAAGGAGGUCUAGAAUGCAACAAAGCAGAGCUAGCCGUGAUAGACGGCUACGUUAACAGGGGAAACAUCGACGAGCACAAGAAAGCGUACUGCGGGGACCUGCAAUAUUACUCUACAGAUGCUGAGAAGACUAUUGAAUCGGAGCGCAAUCGCGUUCUCAUCAAAUUUCAAACAUCGCCAUCGGCACUUGGUAACAAGGGAUUCAGAGUAGUAUGGACAGAAGUCUCGAAAAACGCCGAAUGUCCACUAUUUUACUGCGAGGGCGGGGAAACUUGCAUCGGCAAAGACGGGAAGAUCUGCUCAGUGCGCACACGGUAUUGCAUUGAUCCGUCACUUGUCUGCGACGGAGUGCCAAACUGUGGGGAAGCAGACGUAAGCGACGAAGCCUCAUGCUACUUCCCGCUCAUGAUCGGCAUCUGCGUCGCCGGCUCGCUACUCAUGCUCGCCCUCAUCAUCGCCAUCGUCAUCUGGCGUCGCAAGUCUCCGAAGCGGUCGCUCCUCGAGGAUCCGAACAUUCAGCUGCGCCAGCUCGACCACUCUCCAAACAUGAUGCGCACGUCGCGCAUGAACCGCUCCAACCUAUCGCUACUUCGGCCGCGGCAUGGAUCGCAUUCUGCGUCGCCGGCUCGCUACUCAUGCUCGCCCUCAUCAUCGCCAUCGUCAUCUCUGGCGUCGCAAGUCUCCCGAAGCGUCGCUCUCGAGGAUCCGAACAUUCAGCUGCGCCAGCUCGACCACUCUCCAAACAUGAUGCGCACGUCGCGCAUGAACCGCUCCAACCUAUCGCUGCCAUCGCCGAUUCCAUCCGGGUACGACAUACGGGAACUCGCGAUGCACCACAGUCCGCGGCGCGGCUCGAUCCGCAUGCAUCGCUCGAGCCGUAGCUCUCCGGCCGAGGAGACGUUCCUGCAUCGCGGAGAGAAAGAGAAGCAGGGCGCCGAGUGUCACUUCAACUUCAUGAACACUUUCAAGCCGAUACCGUCGCCGACGCAAGUUUGA